AUGGGUUCGAUGGAACUCCGACCAUACGGGGCGGACAGCCAGGUGAUUACUGUGACGAAACAAGUUCGCCUGGGCAGUCUGAAAUUCAAGGCCGUGGGUGGGCCGCUGAUGUUUCGAGGGCUCCGGAACUUGAAAGUGCGCCUGACGACGAUGGUCCAGUGCGUAUUUUCCUGGAUGCCAAGGUGGCCCUGGCGGCUGACGCGGGCAUGCCAAGAGCAGCGCCGGCAGUGGCUUGUUGACGUGUUUCGGCUAAAGUUCGGGAGAGACCCGCGGUGA